AUGUUAUUUCUUGUUAAAACGUAUUUCUCACGAUCGUUAAACUGCAGAUCUUAUUCCACGGUUUCACUUGCCUUUACACACACUCCAAAUAAAUCGACAAACCCACCAAUUGUCAUCUGCCAUGGUCUACUAGGUUCCAAACAAAGCUGGAAGACUCUUGGAAAACAACUUGCCAAUCGCACCGAACGCAAUGUGUAUGCUCUUGAUGCACGUAAUCAUGGAAAUAGUCCUCACACUACUAAUCACAAUUGUGAAGCAAUGGCACAAGAUGUCCGAGCAUUUAUCAAAGACAAUAAGAUUGAGCAGCCAAUAAUACUUGGGCAUUCAAUGGGUGGAAAGACUGCAAUGACAUUUGCUACACUUUUCCCAGACGCACUUUCAAAACUUAUUGUUAUUGAUGUUUCGCCAAUGCGUCUCAGCUUACACGACGAAUUUGUACCUUACUUUAAAGCAAUGCAGGAAAUCAAACGUAUCGAGCCCCAGACCCAGAAAGAGGUCGAGUCAAUCAUGUUUGAUUAUAUACCUGAUAAGAGUAUGCGUCAAUUCUUGAUGACAAACAUCAAGCGAACCAGGGAAGGAGUCUAUAGGGUUCAGUGCAACCAUGAUACUCUCGAAAGAGAACUCUUCCAGCUCGAAAAACCCUUGAAUGUAUUUUACAAAGGCCCAACCCUUUUUAUAACCGGCGACAAGAGUCCUUAUUAUAAUGCAUUUGUUGAAAACCCUAAAACUAUCAAGAGUAUGUUUCCCUUGAGUCGGGUAGAGACCAUUCAUGAUGCAGGCCAUUGGUUGCAAUCAGAAAAACCCGAGGAGUUUCUCGGACUAGUAGAGUCGUUUGCGAAACCAUAA